AUGUUAUAUCUUGUAGGGUUAGGGUUAUCAUAUACCACCGAUAUCACCGUUAGGGGAUUGGAAAUAGUGAAGAAAUGUAAAAGAGUAUAUUUAGAAGCUUAUACAUCGAUAUUAAUGCAAGCUGACAAAGAAGCAUUAGAAGAAUUUUAUGGCCGUGAAGUUAUUUUAGCUGAUAGGGAAUUAGUUGAAGGUGGUAGUGAUGAGAUCUUAGCUGGAGGAGAAACCGAUGAUAUUGCCUUUUUGGUUGUUGGAGAUCCUUUUGGUGCCACCACUCAUAGUGAUUUGGUUAUUAGAGCUAGAGAAUUAGGUAUCAAAAUGGAAACCAUCCAUAAUGCUUCAGUUAUGAAUGCUGUUGGAGCUUGUGGUUUACAAUUAUAUCAAUUUGGUCAAACCAUUUCUUUAGUUUUCUUCACUGAUUCCUGGAAACCAGAUUCAUUUUAUGAUAAAAUCAUGGAAAAUAGAAAAAUCGGUUUACAUACUUUAAUCUUAUUAGAUAUAAAAGUUAAAGAACAAAGUAUUGAAAAUAUGGCUAGAGGUAGAUUAAUUUAUGAACCUCCAAGAUAUAUGAACAUUGAAACUGCUUGUUCUCAAUUGAUCGAAAUCGAAGAAAUAAGAAAUGAACAAGCUUAUACUGAAAAUACUCCUUGUGUAGCUGUUUCCCGAUUAGGAAGUCCAGGGCAAACUUUUAAAGCUGGAAGUUUAAAACAAUUGACCCAAUAUGAAAGUGGUGAACCUUUACAUUCAUUGAUUAUGUUAGGUAGACAAGUUCAUGAUUUAGAAUUAGAAUAUUUAUAUGAAUUCGUUGAUAAUAAGGAAGAAUUCAAGAGAUUAGUUGAAGCCGAUCAAGAAUUUUUCAAACCUCCAGCUUGGGUCCCACCAGAAGAAAAUGAUUCCGAUUAG